UAUCUUAGAAACGACCGGUGUUGACAGAACGCAGGGUGGCAGACCUCAUUCAGUUCUCAAAUGAAGUUUAUUCAUGUGUUUGUCGUGAAAGUUUAAACAUGUACGGGCGCGCUCCAAGAGUUACCUUCCUGCCAAAAAGUGAGACCUCGGUCACAGUAGGUCCUGGAUCUGACAACUUCAAUUCAAGAAGAUACGACCCGGCGAUGUCGUGUGAGGGUCCGGGCCGCGGGGCCUAUGAUGUUCUUGCGCCGCCAGCUACCACCAGCCACAACCAGUUGAGGACCCAUGGCAAAAGACCGGCGCAUUCUGCUAAAGGUUUGCAGCAUUGGGUCGCUAGCCAGUACGUUGUGCCAUCCAUUCCCUCCCGGGGUGAGUCCUGUGGCUACGAGGAGGACGCCCUGGGCUUGCUCCGUAAACAAGAGCCUCCGGACAGAGACACGAGCCUGGGCCCGGCCUACUACAACCCUUUGCUUGCUGAGAAGAUUCCUAAGUACAAAGGCAUUCACUUUGGCAAAAUGACAGCCAGGAGAAGCCAGGCGACGAAGGACAAAGUGCCGGGGCCAGGCCACUACUUCCCUGAGAUUGUUCCCGAAACGCACUAUGAAAACGUCAACAUGAGAAAAGAGCAGAGGGUCAAGGCGGAGCUUGUCAUUCCUCGAUACCACCAACUGCUGCCCCAGCAGGAGUACAAGAAGGGCAUACCUGGUCCUGGCCACUAUGACAUCAGAGGACAGUUUGAGAGGCUCACGGACAAAAAGCAGCAGGCCACCGCCUCCUUUCUCUCUCAGACUGAGAGGUUCAAGCCUGCCAAGCAAGAGUCGCCCCCUGUGGGUGCCUAUAAUGACCCCCGCUGCGCCAUCCAAACGGCUUACGGGGCGACGGGCGUGCGCAAAAGCCCGUUUGGUGUCACGGCCGAGCGUUUCCCGCCUAACCGCAACGGAGGUUCCACACCAGGUGCUGGCUCGCACAAUGUCCUAGACUUGGGUUUGGCCCAGGAGAGUUUGAAGCGGGCACUUUCAGAGCGAGCCAAGAAAGGAGGCUUUGGCUCCACUGCUAAACGCAGCAGCAUUUUCCUCAACAAGGAGUCCGUACAAGGACCCAGCCCAGGAGAUGACCAGGUGGAAAAGCGUCCAGAGGAGCUUUACAAAAAGCAGCACACGCUCGCAUUCAGAUCAGCCACACAGCGCCUGGCAUCCUCAGUUGUGGCCAAAGAUUCUCCUCCACCCAAUGCAUACAACAUCAACAAGACACCGAAUGGGACGAGUGGACACGUUGCAACUCUGAGUCAAGAAGCCAGAAGACGACAAAGCAGUUUCCUGUCAGCGGCACCGUGCCAUACAGAUUCCUUUCUAUGCAAUGUGCAUACUGGACCAGGUCCAGGAGAGUAUAACCCAAGUGUGAGAUCCUCGCCUCCAAUGUCUCUAAUGGCCUCCAGAGAAGAGCGCUUCAAAGAGACCACCAAUAGCAACCCAGGACCUGCCGCUUACCAGCUGAGUCCGGGCAUGAUGAACACAGUGUUGAAGAGAACCUUCAACGCCACCCUCAACAAUCCUCUCGCCUAGCUGCCCAUCCUCUGCCGGAGCACAAGGCCGUCGAUGCUGUUCCUCGCCAUACCGUCGUCGCCGCCAGCAGUAUGUCUUAAGCCGGGUAGGCUACACACACCGUUUAACAUUCCACAUGUAGCAAAAACAAAAAUAUGCAAACUAAUUCAUUGUGCGUUGUUCGUAAACGUUUGAAUAUGUAACUGAUCGUGUUUCAUUGAUUACCUUGAAUGUAUCGUAAAUUUGUCUGCACAUUUGUAAUGCUCUUAGUUUCUAGUCUACUUAAAGAAAAACAUGCUAUUUUUCCCCAUGAUUGCAGGAAGCGGUUUAGGAAAUCUCGUCAUUAACUUUGAAUAUGUCCGUUUGCGCAGCUUAUCUUGAGGAAAAUUGUUUGAACCAAAUGACUCGAAUGUUAAACAUCUCAUCUAAAAGCUGCAAGGUGCUUUUCUAACAUAUUGCUUUUAUAGGCUUCUAGCAGCUCCUGAGGGAUCAUGUCAUGUUUUAUUUAAUGACAAGUAACUCAAGAGACAAUUCAAGGGUGGGGGGAAAAAAAAGCAAUUAGAACCCCUAAAGGUCCAAAGCCUUAUUUGCCGAUUGGACAUAAAUCACAGUGUCGUUCAUUAUGUAGAUUUCUGCUGACCAAAGUUGCGUGGACGACUCAUAACUCAGAAGGUUCACAACGUGGCCUUUUAAUUGACACUUCAAGCGUUACAAAAUUCUUACUUACCCCCGGGAAAUAAUGGCAGUUGAAGUUGUCGGCUCCAGGUUCAAAUUAUUGGCUAAAUAAUGAGGAAGGCGAGAUGCAGAUUUUCAAAAGGGUCCUACCUACUGAAGUCAAACAAUAAACUUUGGAACAUACUUUGUACACCGACGCACUUUGAUUUGGACUUAAAGUUAAAUACAACCGAACUGUACAUGUGCAGUGAUCCUUUCGCUCACCACUAGAGGGAGACCGCAUACCAUUAGUGCUAUGUAUGUUUGAGAAUCACUGCAAAGGCAUUGUAAAUAAAUGCAAGGUUGUGUACAAGCAGAGGAAGAUGAGCACAGUCGGCUAGUAUUUACGCCUCCCCCGAGAGUCGUCUUUACCUUUCUUUUCCUUUAUCCCUGUGAGCUGUUUUACAUCAGCGAUCUAAUUAAAGGAAAUAAAUCACACGGACCCAGCCCCACCUGAUUCCCGGACCGUCUCCCGCACCCCCGACCGAUUGUAUAAAUCUCCAUUACGGCGCAUUACGCUGCACAUCACUCAUGUUGUUUAUUGGUUGGGAAAAUAUGCACACAGAGUAGGGCCCGUAAAAAAAGUGACGGAUGUUCAAACGGGCGCACUGCCGCGUCAACGGGCCACUAAGCGACGUCUCGUGCGGGCUCAAAGACGUACGGUGUGUCAUCCCGACGCCCGGAUUUCAUUGUUGUCGGGAAUCCAAAAGGCUUCUUUUUAUGGCCUCAUUUGCUAAAGGGCUCUGUCUCCGAGGCAGGGGCAUUAUUUAAUCUAAUCAGCUCGACGCCCUCCCCUCAAUAGAUCUCUUGAUAACUGUAAAAUGGAGGUUAAUCAGGUUUUUUUUUUUAUUGGUUAACAAACGCCAGACAGCUGCUGGAGUAGCCACUUAGGGAAGAUGAUUCUGUAUGCAAAUGAGCUUGACUUUACUAGGGGACAAAGCAAUACAGACACACUUUUAUGAUGUCACUGUCCAAUAAAAAUGUUGUUUUCCCUUUUUAUUCCAAAGCAAGAUAAUAGAUAGAUAGAUAAAUAAA